UAAAGGUAAAAAAUAAAGCACUGGAAAAAUCGAUUUAAGAAGGCAAAUAUUGUCCCUUAAUGGAAAAGGUGUAACUGCAGUCUAAGUGGAAAAGAGAGGGUAUGCAGAAAGGAUGUUAAAUCCCUCAGGGGGUACAACACUCUAAAAAAGUUUGAGAACCACUGAAAGAGGAUAUGUAGAAUUGCACAAGUGCUACUGCUAAGAGUGCAAUGUCAGUACAUUCUGUUACCUUGAUUCAAUUUUUUCAUAAGCUUAAAUGAAUUGGUCUAAAGAGAAGAAUUAUAAUGAGUUUUGUCUAAAGACUACAUAUAAAAUAGCUAUCAAAAUUAAUGUUGGUAACUGUAGUUUGACUAAAAGUAAUGACUAAGACUUGACAAAAAUGCAAUGACUUUUCAUCGACUAAAACUAGACUAAAAUAUGAAAGACAAAAAUGACAAAAAUGUGACUAAGACUAAAGAGCAUUUUCGUCUGAAGAUAAAGACCGACAGACACUGUCAGUCCAGGAGAGGGUGGAGUCGUGUUGCAUUAAUCAUGUGCACCCUAGAAUUAUGCCAGUGGUGGAAUUCUCCAGAACCAGGAAGGUGAUAGAUUCGGUAUGCAGUUGUCCCACUUGCAACCGGAUGGGUCCCACAGCAUGUCCUACAUGUUUCCUGUUUAAGGGUUUGCAGAUGAUCGACUGGACCUCGUAAUGAGUCUCAAUGGACUUCUUCUUGAGGUUGAGCUGGCAGCAGAGGGAAUUGGAGAGUCGACCGAGAGUUGAGGAGAGCGUGUACUGGAAGAGAGAUAUAUGAGGCAGUAAGAAUAAUUUCAGUAGUGAGGGGCUAAGUAUUCACAGACGCUGAAUGGAUGACACUCACCAGAGGUCUUGGUGGACGAAUGGGACAGGCAGUAAUAACAUGUCCCCCAGUACUGCAGUGUAGACAAAGACCCUGGGUCAGCCUCCUCUGCCGCUCAGCAAAUGUCAGGCGAGUGUUGUACAAUAGCAUGGCCUCUAGUUCUGGAGAGCUGGUAGGUGGUCCCUUCUGGUAGGUGGUGAGAAGCGAGCACUCGUUCCAUCCACUGGCUGCUGCUAGGUUUAUAAUCUUGAGAGCAUAAUCAGAAAUGGACGUUUUUCCUUGAGAAAGAUUAUAUAACUGCUCACCAAUUGAAGAAUCACUGUCAGGAACCCCAAAAACUUUGCGGAAGUGAGUAGUGAAAUUUUUCAGUGUUUGCGUGAUGAUAACAUUCUGAUUCCAAAUGGUUUGGGCCCAGUGGAGCACUCGCCCCGUCAGCAGGGAGAUUAUAAAGGCAAUCUUGGCUCUUUUGAUGGUGAAACGGUGCAAUGCAUUUCUAGGGCCAGCAAACACUGCAAACGAAAUCUGUCGCAAUUCUGGAUUUCCCACAGGACUGGAAACCACAGGUGAUGAAGGAGUGACAGGUGAUGCGGAAGUGGUGCCAGAAAGUGCUCGCUUGAGUGCAUCCACAACCUCCUGGAAUGGAUCCGGGGAACUCAUCAUCAAACUGUAUAGGUCUGGUCUUUUCUGUUACAGAACACAGACUCACAACAAUGUUGUAAUGAAUGAGAAACAUUAUUCGUUGAAGCAGGUAAUGAACACAAGUAGGUGAGCAUGGUAAUUCAAGCAGUAAAUGCAAUAAUGAUAGUGUGACGAGCAGGGCGGGCGAGAGCCGUGAGGGAACAGCGCGAGUGUUAACGAGCAUCAGCUGCACAUUGCACCGGUCUCGACUGUCUCACGGAGGAGCUCCGGAAGCAUAAAAGGGGAGCAAUGACUGUGAAGGACAAGAGAGAACUAGGCCUGGAUUUUAUUUUAUGUUUUGUUGAGAGACGAUGGAAGAAUAUAGCAUAGACAGUCCAUAGGUAAGUAUAAACAGGUAAGUGAGUCCUUUUCUGAUUCGAGACCAGAGAAAGUGCCAGAGUGAAGUGUGUGCUUAUAUGCUGCUUGUGUGAUGAGUUGAUGGUGAGGGUGAUCAGUAUUCUGGUGACAUUGAUCUCUGUGAUUGGGUGGUGAUGGAGCCUGGCCGAUCUGGCCGACAAUAACGAGACUGUGCCCCUAAAUAAAAAAAUGGUUCUGUGAGCCUUAUUCCGCGUGUUUUUUUUAAAAACUCGAGUGGCCCAACCAGACAUUGGUGGGCAGAGCUAGUGUAAAUAGCGUUUGCCAACAAGGGGCGCUAUUUGCACUUAGUUUAAAUAGACAGUCAGUUAAAAGAUCCAUCUCCUUUCAUUUCAAAGCAAUCCCCGGAUCCUGAGACCCACAGUUAAAAUUUUGACUUUCCUAUUGAGCUAUAGGAAAUAUUUCACCUUUGUGUAACCCGGGUAAUCAGGUUACCAGUUGAUGAUUAGGAAGAUGAUUUAAAAAAUUAUUUAAAGAGAGUGAAGAAAAAGGAAAAAAAGAGAAAAGUUCCAGAAGGAAACUCUGUCCAAUCACUGCUCUCAUUCUAGUGAUUGACUCUUCUAAGAGCCAAUGUUAGCAGCACCCUCAUAAGUCCCGCCCACAGGCUGCGCCGGCGCUGCUGCACUGUCAGUGUGAGAGAGAGUUUCUCCAUUUUUUUUCCCGAGAGAGGAGAGGGAAUGAGACGAGGCAGCUGCACAAAGCGAUUUUUAAACCCUGCCACAUUAAAUAAUACAUUUAGAAACUAAAGUGUUCAGAUGCAACCGAAAACCCGAAUUUCUGAGCUGAUACUAUAACGUGAAGAGGCUGUCGCCGAGUUAAGAAGCGGAUGAGGCGGGGGGCUUGUGAAAUAGAGACCGAUGCAGACGCACGGAGCAUCAAAGUGCCACAAUUGAACAUCCUUAUUUAGAAAUAUAUCAAUUCCUUUCCUUGGCUGGGUUUUUUGUGAGAUUUUAGUUCUUCUGUGACGAGUUUCCUGAAUUCAUGCUGGAUGCACAAAGUGCAAUUUGUACAUGGCGAGUCGCCCGCGGAACAGUUUUCUUACCUGAAUUGCGUUUGAACCACCAAACUGGUAGGAGAAUCCUCUUCAUUUUGUUUUUUGGAAAAACGGGACCUGAACUCAUUGAGAACUGUUAUCUUCAUUAAUUUUCCUCUGGAUUCACAAUCAAAGGACGUAAACUUUGAACUCGAACCGUUUCAAAAGAAUCAACGGUUCUUUGAAUUGAGUCAUUUAGUCCAUAGACUCUAGUUGUUUAACCAAUUCACUGGUUCUUGAGUGUUCAUUGAGUAUUUACACAGCUGAAAAGCUGUUGAUUUUCAAAGGGAAAAAGUGAUCUAUCGAAUUUGCAAGAUAAUUUACUGAAUCACAUUCUGUAUAUUGAAUCAUAUUGAGUGUUUAUCUGAGUAUUUGAAUUAUUGAUUGUAACAUUUUGUUGAGAGUACUAUUAAGUUACAUUUUAUUUUAUUUCAUUUGGGUUACAGACUGUUCAAAUAUUUUCUAUUCAAAGAUUCUUUAUUUGAUUUUCCUUGCUAUGUCAAUCGCAUGACAGUUGUUUCAACUGAGUUGAACUGUUUAACCUGCUAAUUUCAAGUGCCUAGAAAGUUCCAAAGAGUGAUAAGAUGAAACAUUGUAAUUAAUUUUACACUGUCAGAUUGUAAUCAUAUGCAAUUCAUUUAUUCAAAGAAAAACAAGAAAACCAUUUUCCAAUAUAAAAUCCAGCUUUAUUCAGUUAAGAGGCUCAGUGUUGGUCGUUCACUCACCUGCUGUUACUUUCCUCUCUCCAGUAGUCGCACUUUUCUUCUGAUCAAUUGGCCCAUAUCAAAUAUUAUACUAGUGUGACACGCUAAACACGUUACGCGCUACAGAAUUUGGCGAGCCAGCCAGGAGAGAGGGCGCAGCAGUUACUGAGGUGAAUAAUCAUUAAAAUAAGCACAUACAGUGAACUAGACAAAAAAUGGAUGUUGUGGAACGAGAAAAUGUCAAUGUGCAAAAUGCAGUGAUUGUUAGUGGCAUAACAUUAACUGAACUGGAUGAAGCUCUAGAAACAUAUCUGCAGAAGUUUGGCUCUAUUCGACAAAAUUUAUUAAUUGAUGACCCACACUCAGAGUUUCAUCGUAACGCAGUAAUAGAGUUCUCGCACAAUUCUGCUAUGUCCAAUCUUGAGCCUCAGCUACCUCUAACCAUCAUAAGUCCCAUUGAUGCAGACACAGUGUUCCAUGUGCGCACACUGAGUAGCGUGUAUACCCCUACGGCUAGUAGCGCCACCACAAGUUACUUGGAGAAACUGCAGGCAAUAGCAAAUGCUAAUGGAGAAUCCCUUCAGGAUGUGCUCCAAAGAGAGUUGAAUAAGAUGAGUAAAAUUAGAACUUCAGUUGAUGCAUCACCCAGAACAGAGCCUGAGACAGAGCACCGCCCUAGUAAAUCAAGCUUUGUGACACAUGCCACCACUAGCACUCCUCAGCACUCAGGAAGCAAAUCACCACCUCAACAGAGAACAGAGUUUGCUGCAGAGAUACUGACUCACCCUCAAAAAAAUAACGAACCCAAAAACCCAGCCAAGGAAGCAAUGGGUGCUGCAUCACCGCACUGCUCAGGGGACCUUGAUGACAGCACUACUGAGACAAUAUCUGUGAAAUUUCCCGUGUCUGCUAUGCACCCCCCAGGCGUCCAGAGGGUAGUGAUGGAACAUAUUGUGAAGACAAGUGAUACUGUGUCCCCGCACAAUACCCCAUUUCGCCUAAAAGCUUUUUCUGGAAGGAGCCCCCGCCCAAGUAACGAGCCUGACUUCGACACCUGGCGGGCAAGUGUUGAUUACCUGUUAAAUGAUCCAUCCCUUCCAGAGUCACACAAGACACGCAAAAUUAUAGAUAGCCUGUUACCACCAGCCUCAGACAUUAUCAAACAUGUGAGCCCACUUGCCCCCUCGUCAGAGUGCCUUAAGCUGCUGGAGUCAGUCUACGGUUCAGUAGAAGAUGGAGACGAAUUGUUAGCCAAAUUCAUAAGCACUCUUCAGAAUCCUGGCGAAAAGUCAUCCGUCUACCUCCAUAGAUUGCAUGUCGUCCUGAGUGCUACCAUCAGGCGGGGCGGAGUUGCAGAAAAUGAACGAGACCGAUGUCUGCUAAAGCAGUUCUGCCGUGGCUGCUGGGACAAUACCCUGAUUGCCGACUUGCAGCUCGAAAAGAGAAAAUCAGACCCACCUCCUUUCGCUGAGUUAGCAAUACUUAUCCGUACAGCUGAAGAAAAGCAAACAUCAAAGGAGGAGAGAAUGAGGAAGCAUCUUGGUGUAGGCAAACACCCACCAGCCCCACUCAAACUGCGAGCUGCAGCCCACCAACAGUCUGCUUAUCCUUGUAACGCAGUAGAGGAGGAUGUUAACAAUUCUCUAGCCCCUGCCACUCCCAAGCAGAAAGCCCCUAAGCAGAAAAUUAAAACUCAGUACCCUGAGAUGUCUGAAGUAGACAUUCUGAAGAAAGAGAUUGUAGCUCUCCAAAGCCAAGUUGCAGCCAUUAAAACAGCUACUAACCAGGAAGUGAGAGAGCAAGCAGGGACAAGUGAUCUUCAGGGACUGAAAGAACAGAUAGCAGAGCUUAAAGUCCAAGUUGCUGCUUCUGGAGUGCAGAGAAACCCAUCUGAAAGAUUCUUCAGUCAUAGAGAGAACCUGAGUAAACCUGGUGCCAGUGAAAUCAGCAGAGACAGAAAUGGGAGAUCAAAGCACACAGAGAUUAGAAUCAAUCGGCCUCGGCCAUGGUAUUGCUUCCGCUGUGGAGAUGACGGCCAUCUAGCCAUCAACUGUGAAAAUCCCCCAAAUCUCUCUAGAGUUGAAGAAAAGAGAAGAAAGCUGAGGGAAAAGCAGGCUGAGUGGGAUCUCCAACAUGGAUCCACCACAGAGUCUUUAAAUUGA